AUGCGGAGCAUUUGUCUUGUUGCGCUUAUCGGCCUGCCAGGAGCUGGCAAGUCCUCGCUGUGCACCUGGCUGCUGGGUCAGCAAACUGCCCUCCGCGUCCGCCACAUCGUUCAUCUGUGCUACGACGACUUCCUUGAUGCUACACCUUCGGCUGACCUAGCCUAUAAGGAGCAGCGCGGCCGCAUUUUUAAAGUAAUUGAAAAACUCAUUUCCGCCAUUCAAGAAGAUACCGAUUGGCCGCCUCAAGUCCGUCGCAUUUCCUCCAGUGGUGAAUGCAACAGCGAAAGGCACCUCAUCCUGUGCGACGAUAACUUCUAUUACCGCAGCAUGCGCCACACGCUUCACCAGUUGUGCCGGGACUCUGGCUGCGUCUUCGGACAGAUAUACAUGGCCCGUUCGCUUGACUCCUGUCUGCAGGCGAACUCGGCUAGGAGCAAUGCCACUCGAGUGCCAGUGGACGUGGUGCGGCAGAUGAACGAGCGGCUAGAGGCGCCAGACACUUCGGAAGCCUGGGAACGCAACAGUCUCACACUUCAUGAUCUGGAUACAACAGGAUCUGCGUUGCUUGCAUUCAUUAGUACCUUGCUCGACUUGCCCACGAAGAAGGCGACGACGGACUUGCCAACGGCGGCAGCAAAAAGUUUACGGCAAGAUCAAUCUCUGGUGCACUGCCUGGAUCUGCUCCUGCGGACGCGCAUUGGUGCAUUGCUCCAAGAACUGCCACAAAACGAGGACAAGCGCUUGGCGGGCCAAAUACUGAACAAUAGGCGCAAGGAAAUAUUGAUAAAAUUCCGCACAGAGGGCGGCGGCAAACAGAGAGACGGCGAUGGUGAGGAUGACGCCUUGGAAUACUAUGUAAAUUUGUUAAACUAGGCUAAGAUAAGCUAAAUUCGUUUGUGUGCCACACACUUAUGUACGCAGCGACCUAAAUACAUACAUAUGUUACUAAA